AUGAAAAGAAUCGAAGAUGAGUGGACUAAAAGAACGUUAGAGUGGAUCCCAAGAGAUACUAAAAGCGCUCGAGGUAGACCGCCAAUGAGAUGGGAUGAUGUGCUCGCUGCACGGAUGGACCAGCUGAGAGCUCAGGCGGGUACAGCUGAAGGACCUCGUCAACGUAGCGCAAGAGCAACGCAAACAAUACAAGAGUUGAUAAACUGCUAA